GAAGUCCUUCCAGAGACCUGCGACCGACCUAAGAGCCCGGCGCGGGAGAAAUCAGAUCUCCAGGAAGAACGCACUUCCGGUAGGAGGCGCCAGAGAGCGGAAGCAAUAAAUCCAGCAGCGGCGGGAUUCAGAGGCAGUCGGUGGCCCCCAGGAGCCCCUCUCAGUCUCCACACAAGAGCCUUUCAGCCUCGACCUGCGGAGGACAUCAAGAUGAAACUGGCUUCCCUGAAAGAAUCGUUCGUUCUGUCUCAGUGACGGGCCGCGCGGGAUCGGCAGGACGUGCAGACAUGCCCGGGGAAGGAUCCGGUUCCGCGGAGGAGGAGAACGGGAAAGUUUCACCGCUCGUGUGCGAGGACGAGCUCUCGAGCGGCGGCCGGUUCGUGCUGGACGGGCUCGGGUCCGGUCGUUACUUCAUGAUGGGCUCGACGCAGCCGGCGCCGGAGAGCUCCAGCCCGUGUUCCUUGUUUCCGUACGCGAGCCAGACCGGGGCCGUGUACGCCGGUUCGGACGGGUCUCGGUACGCGGCGUCGCUGCACUACGGCUCCGUGCUUCCCUCCGCGGGCUUCUGCCAGUCUCUGUGCGCGGGACGCGGCGACUUCGGCGCGGGAUAUCAGUUCGGACACGGCUCCGGAAACGGCUACCACUCGUACCAGGGCUCCGGUUCCGGUAUCGGCUCCGGCGCGGGACUCAGGGCUCAGGUGUAUCUGUGCAACCGGCCGCUGUGGCUCAAGUUCCACCGGCACCAAACCGAGAUGAUCAUCACCAAACAGGGCAGGAGGAUGUUCCCGUUUCUGAGUUUCAAUCUUACCGGCUUGAGCUUGACGACGCAUUAUAACGUGUUUGUGGAGAUCGUUCUGGCCGAUCCGAACCACUGGAGGUUUCAGGGCGGGAAGUGGGUGACCUGCGGGAAAGCGGACAACAACAUGCAAGGAAACAAGAUCUACGUCCACCCCGAGUCCCCAAACACGGGCGCGCACUGGAUGAGGCAGGAGAUCUCUUUCGGGAAACUCAAACUGACGAACAACAAGGGAGCGACUGCCAACACCGCGCAGAUGAUCGUCCUUCAGUCUCUGCACAAGUACCAGCCCAGGCUUCACGUCGUGGAGGUGUCGGACGACGGGAUGGAAACCUCGGGACGAGACUCCAAGACUCAGGUCUUCAGCUUCCCUGAGAACCAGUUCAUCGCCGUCACGGCCUACCAGAACACCGAUAUCACUCAGCUCAAGAUCGACCACAAUCCUUUUGCGAAGGGCUUUAGAGAUAAUUACGAUUCGAUGUACACGGUUGCGGAGCGCGAGCGCCUCACGCCGUCUCCGUCGGACUCUCCUCGCUCGCGCUACAUGCAGCCCUUCCUUCAGGACCAGUUCGUCAACAACCUGACCCCGAGUCGCCUUUACGGCGGCGAGCGGACGGUCCCUCAGACGAACGGCAUGCUGUCUGCUCCGGCGGAGGACGCUCAGAGGUGGCUGGUCACUUCGGUGCAGCAAAGCAGCGGGAGCAAGCUGGAGCUGACGGCGUACGAGGGCGACUACUCCAGCUCGAUACUACCCUACAGCUUCAAAUCUUUACCUCUGCAGAGCGCUCACUCGCUGGGCUACUACCCAGACGCCACCUUCGCAUCGGUCACCGCCGGAUGGGGCUCCAGGGGCUCUUAUCCCAGGAAAGUGGCGUCCGGGCUGCCCUGGUCUCCCCGGCCGAGUCCCACGGAUUUCACAGAAGACCUCGAUAAAGACAAACCCCGGGAGGCGAGCGCGUUCGGUCAGGCCGCGGCCUGGAUGGACAACACGCCGCCUCUGAAACCUCUGGACUCUGCGGAGCCGAGCAUUUACUCGGUGGUUUGCAAGCGACGGCGGCUGUCUCCGAGCGAGUCCGGAGCCGAGAACUCUCCCGCGGUCAAGUGCGAAGAGUCCGGCGCCUCGGAGAGCUUCGGCAAGGACGCCUCGGCGAACGCCAAGACCAUCGGCUAUUACGCUUUCUACGCCGGCAGCUAGAGAAGCCGCCCGGUGUGAACGAGAUCAGCCGGACUCCUUCGUUUGGCCCUUUUGUAAUUUAUUAAAGUCUCCGACCGAUCGUUUCUCUCUGAAAUAAGAUGAUAUGUCAUUUUGAAAAUGCCGUUGUAUGCAUUAAACCACUGCUGUUUUGGAUUGGUAUUUUUUAAAACAUCCCGUUUCUUAUGAAUGUAGAGUAUUAUUAAUUCUUUUCAAGUAUGCGGACAUGAUGAAACUGAAAACUGGCUCUUCUACCGCAACUCUUAAAAAUAAACUA